CACCACAAGUUAAAUAGACUAUACAAAUAUUAAGCAAAAAGACAAUUAGGAAAAGUUAUCUAAAUAAAAAAACAGGAAAAUAUAUAACAAGCCGUAAGAGAAACAUAUAAAUAAAAUACCAUAACUGAUAACAAGUUAUUAUGCAGCAAAAAAUGAUGGCAAUGCUUAUCAGACAUUUUAUUAUAGUUAUGCAUUUAACUAUGUCAAUCUGUCCCCCAUUAAUGAAACUAUGCGGCUGUUUGAUUGGGACUGACGUAACCACUGGGGGUUUGAUGGCCGAUUGUUCCAAAAACACCGAACUGGACCUCGAUUUCGAAUGCUUGGCUAGGCAGGGGUUAGAAUCCUUGGAUCUGUCUGGCAACGAUUUGCAGAAAGUGCCGGAAGAACUGAAAUUGAGUGGAUUCAAGGACCUGAAGCACCUGGAUCUGUCCCGGAACAAGAUCAGCAGCCUGGUCACUUAUAAUUUCGGUGCUUGGACUCGGCUUAAGAGCUUGAACAUCAGCCACAACUACCUCAAGGACCUGCCCGAGGAAAUGCCGCCGAUUCACACUAUCGAUGUGAGCUAUAAUCAGCUUACGGAUAUGCACAGCAUCUUUGGCCUGACUAACACCAUAGCGAUUGUCCUGGGGAAUCCCAUCCUGUGCAAUUGCAACUCAUCUUCAGUUCAGAGAAUGUACAAUAUAACUUCUGACUUGACAGUCAUCGAAUGUACUUUGCAUGGCAAGGAUCCGCCGAUGCCGAUAUCGAUACAGUGCCACAGUGAUAUCGAUAACGUUGAAUAUCCCUCAGAAUGGAUAUAUCAUUUGAUUCUUAUUGCAGUCAUUUUUAUAAUUUUUGUAAUUUAUUGUGGAUAUAAUUUUUGUCUAAUUUAGCUUGUGCUAGAAUGAAAUUUAAUUUACAUCACUGUCGCAUGCCACAAAUAUCAGAUUUUUCGCACUUUUCAUUGUUUUAGACAUGGAUAAAAUUUUGGAUGUUAUAUAGAAUAUAUUUUUUGAAAGAUGUUUUUGGUUUUUAAGUUUGUGUUAAAGUUUGUGCUGAAAUUUUUUGUUUAAUUUUAAAUAUUUGUA